GACCGCCUGGGCUCGGCUGCUGUGGGGUCGUCGGGGCCCUGGGCGAUCUCGCUGGCCAGCGGCUGUAGGUCGAGUGGCGGCUGGCGUGCGCGGCCGCGGAGAGCUGUGGGACGUGGAGUGCGGCCUGCGGGGCUCCUCUGAUAAUGGCACACAAAGAUGGCAUCCCAUGAACCUGGGGCUCCAUGGCAUCCAAAGACAAAGCUAUGAUGUCCUUGCCAGGCUCCCCCUGGGGUGCCAUCCUUGAGGCUGCCAAACACCAGCUGCCAUCCCUGGACUCGGACUCUUCCCUGUCAGACUGUGAGGAAGAGGAGCCCUACAUCUUUCAGCGAAAUGAGCCCAUCCUGAUUCCAGACCUGGCUGAGUUGCUGGCUGAAGACCCUGCUGGUGGUGACAAGCCUGGGACCUGGUUCCCUGUGGAGUGGAGCUCUCCACCUGAGCUACUUCUGGUGCCUGGGGGCCUCACCACAGAACCUGGAAGUGGUCAGAAGGAAUGGACGAGGGACUUGGCCCCUCAGGAAGGAAGGGUCUCUGGCUUGUUUGACCCGAGCUAUGCCCAGAGUAGCGUUCUGUUGGCUGAGGAGGACCCCCCCUGGCUGGAAGACAACCUUGCGAGCCUGUCCUGCAACAUUAAAGGAUACCAGGGUCCUCCCUGGAGCCCCCAGGGAAGAGAAGCCAUCUCACAGGAAGGAGAGCUGAAGGCAGAUCCCUCAGCUGCUGACCCAACAGACUCUGCAAGGCGCAAAGCCCUCCGCCGAGAGAGGAGGAAGAUGAUAGAGAAGGAUGUGCUCCAGAAAGUGACUCUGGAAACCCAGGGCCCAGCCUGCAGUAACCAAGGCCAGGGUGCAGAGGCAGGACCCAGGCCAGAGGCCCCCUCAGAAGAGCCGCAGGAAGGCUGGCCAGUGCUGUCUCUUCAGCAACUUGAAGAGUGGGAUUUGGAUUACAUCCUGCAGAGCCUGCGAACACAGGAAGACGACCAGGGAGAUGGUGCACGCAGAACCGCGUGGUGGUUAGCAGACAGCUGCCAAGGCCAAGACCUCACGCUGCGGCGCUCUCAGGACAGACUUCUCGAGCAGCUCACCCUUCCGUGUGCCACUCAGUCCAGAGCCUGCGCCCCUGCCCGGAAGAUACCUACCGACAAAUCCCAAGACACCACACAGCAGAAGGUCACUAACAGAUGUGCUUUGCCUGAGCCCGGCUUCCAAGCUGAGCUAUGCCAGAAGCUAGCGGAAGACUGGAGGAUAAAGACAGAGCCUCCCACCAUCUUCAUUGACCUGCGACAGACAGAGCUGCCAGGAAAACUCCAGCCCGCGGAAAGCUCUGAACACAGCUCCUCUGAGAGCAGCGAGGAAGAGGAGGAAGAUAGGAGAGGAGAGCAGGCUGCAGCUCAGGCGGCGUCUUCUUCCCGCAGACUACGGGAUUGCACGGGGAAAAGUCAGCUUCUUCAGCAGCUGAGGGCUUUUCGGAAGGGGAUGGCUCCAUCCCAGCUGCCCACCAGCAAGAACCCUGGAGACCAGAAGGCUCAGGUCCCAGAAGAUGCAGCUGAAUUGGGAACUGGGAGGAAGAAACAUAUAAAACUCUGGUCUGAGGAACAGAGUGCCCAGGUCCGAUUCCCAGGAGGACUUCUUGGGAUACCAGAGGACCUGCUUCAGCCAGAAUCAGGCAAGGAUGUGUUGGUGCCUGCCCUGGGCCAGCUGUAGGUGUCUCAGGUACAGAGGCAGAAGCAGUUUCCAGGACUGCUGCAAAUGCAAGGUGGUGCUGAUCUUCGCUGCAUUCCGAACACCAUAGUGCAGUGGCACCCGCUGUCCAUUCCUGAGAGCUGGCCUCACAUGGGGUACCCGGCCUCCCUUCUCCCGAGUACUUUGCAGGCCUUACCCCCAGUCCCUUGUCUGCCUUCUCAGCCCUGCUGUGGCCCCCUCUCUCGUCACCCUGCCUCCAAGAGGCUGUGCCUGCCUGCUAUGUGAAAAAGCAGUGAAACUGUUAUCAUGGUGGGUGUCUUUGUGGCAGGUGCUCAGGUGGCACAGCAGUACUUGGCAUUGGACAGAUAUUCCAGCACUCAUCUUGGGAGGGGGCGGGGAGGUCACUGCCAGCUGCUCUGCCACUGAGGGCUGUCAAGGGCCACAGUAUUCAGCUCUGAGCCAGGCAAGACAGGCCUCAUGGCAAUGUCAUACCCGGCACAGGGCCACAGACUUAAGACUUCCACAAACUACUUGAUGUGAACUUGGGGACCCCACCUCCAGCCCCACUCAGAACCUCAAGGGCAUUUUCUUUAGACUGUGUAUCCACGUGAGGCCUCCAGAAGCACAGGCCUCUCGCAGGCUGGGAGCCAAGCUGCCCUUCCCACCUGCAGAGUCCCCUCACCUAGGCUCCGGGCAGUGUGGCCCCACGCAGCACUCCUCUGCCCUCACAGCCCAGCAGCCUCUGCUGCAGCACCCAGCUGUCGAUAGUCAAGGCCACAUAGUCCUUCCCUCUUGGCCCCUUUAAUGCCAGUGAACCUGGUGAGAAUACAGUAGAAAAUAAACCAUUGCAAGUUAAACUCUG